GACCGCCCAAACACCUCUCCUUCCUUCCUUCCACCACGGUCAACACACAAGCGUCUCCCGCUCCCCACUCAUUCCCCACACACCUCACCUCCGCCCACCGUCAUCACAAGCAUCCCGCCAGAUAUGCGCGCGUCAACAUCCUCUCAACAGACAUCACCCAUAUCCCACAAUUCAAGCCUCGUUUCUGGCUCUACCUCCGGAACGAGCGUGAAGAAAACUCUGCGGCGCCAGCUGUCUCGCGUCUUUCCACUGUCGCGCAACAAACGGAAUGGUGCCAAAAACAAAUUUCAUCCCCCAAACUGCCACUCCCCAGAACUCCCAGCGGAGCUAUGGAUGCUCAUACUGGAAUAUUCAACCUACCCCUCAUUCUCAACAACGGAUACCAUUGAGUUUGACUCGUCGCCGCCCCCGUCACUUGAGCUACCCUCAUCAUUUCUUUCUCCCGCGCCGACACCUGCGUCCCUGGCGCCACGAUUGACAUAUCACCGAGCGCUGAUGGCCCACAAGCGCAACCUCACUCUUGUUUGUCGCAAAUGGCAUUCGUAUGCCCAACCUGUGCUCUACUCUUUUGUCUGGAUAGCGCGGGCCAAGCAGGCGAAGGCUCUUGCGUUGACCCUUCUUUGCCAAGCGUGCUGUUUAUCUCCGCAAAGUGUCCCAGCCACUGAAGCAAGUGCUGGCCGAUUUAUUCGACGACUUCAUAUCGAGACGCCAGCGUUGGAGCGGUGUCAUCCUGCGGAUCUCCGCACGAUAUUAGAGUAUGCCCCUGGGCUGGAGGUGUACUCGGACUACCGCAGUGUCCGUCGAGUGCGAGGCAGCAUUCUCUCGUCCUCUACCCCUCCCAGUAAUCGAGAGACUGACAACGGACCUUGCAACUUGUUUGCUAAAUUAGCCGAGGGUGGCGGUGCGCUCAAACGCUUAACAUGGACAAGUUACGACGACCCUACUCUGGUGAGUCUAGGGAUUGGGCUUGGGCUGCGUGGCGGUUAUAUGGGCGAACGACUAGAGUAUCUGGAGCUCAACUUUGUCUCAUCCUCCGCUUUCUCUCCGAAGGUCACCACGAAAUGUCUGCCUGCCUGCAGCGCUGGACUGAUUCUACCCACCCUCCGCACCCUCAAGGUCACGCUCGACAACGGGACUUUUUUGGUGUUAUCGAGUUGGGUGCUGCCCGCGUUGCGCAACUUGAGUGUUGUUAGCGCCGACUUUUCCUAUGCCGCAGACGGGUUCAGACGCUUCUUCGAAGUCCAUGGCGGGAGUGUACGUCAGCUCGAGCUUGGACACUCGAGUGCUUGUAUCGAAGAAGCGUGGCUGACGACCCCGCAUUUGCCGCCUCAUAACCCACAGACGACCUCAGGCUGGCAAGCGCUUUCGCUCGCGUCGCUUUGCCCGCAUUUGGACGAGUUCAUCUGCAGUGCUGAUGCGGAGUGGAAUUGGGAACACCCAGACUGGAUUGCGCCGCACUUGUUGCUUCCUGCCCACCCUAAUGUGAGCUUCAUCGGUAUCCGCGGGAUCGAGGGCCGCGUUGGCGGUGAUGGUGGUUUAGGCACCAACCACCACGCUGCGCUGUUUGGUCUUCGCGAACAGAUGGAGACUCUGUUGCGUCGCGAAGCUUUCCCGCGAUUGAAAUACGUACGCGACAUGAGCGAGGGGAGCGACUGGCUGCGGCGGGGGCUAUGGACUGAGCCGAUGUGUUCUAGCUGCUCUGAGAUGAGCAGCAACUCGUCGCUGCUUUCCCUUGUCGGCCAACAACAACACCCACAUCAACACAGUCACGCUAACCCGCUGUCAUCGCCCCGCGCCCGCCAGAGGAUUGUGCGGUUUUGGGAGGGUGUGCUGCAGCGCUGUCGGGAGGAGGGCGUGUGGCUGGAGGACUGGCGCGGGUGGAACGUGACCAGACGGACACUGAUGCGAGCCAGGGCUGCAUUGGAGGCAGAGGCGGAGAUGUCGAUGUCGCGGAGCAGCAGCAGCAGCAGCUUCUGA